AGCCGCGGCAGAGCGGCGUCCAGUUCCCGCUCCCCCGGUCCGCAGGCGGCAGCAGGGUUCCCCCCGCCUCCGCCGCCGCUUUCCCCCUUUCCCCUCAGCGCCCGGCCCGGUGGGCUCCCCCCGCUGCAAAGCCGGAUAUGGCGACCCUGCUCCUGCGAACCCCCCGCUGUCCUUCUCCUCCUCCUCCCCCCGCUGCCGCCGCUACCACUCCCGCCGCCUUCUCCUUCUCCUCCCCGCGGAGCUUUUAAUGGCUCGGACCUCCGGCGGCCAAGCGCGACUGCCCCUGCACCAAGCCGCAGCGAGGAGAGCCCGCGGGAGCCCGCGCAGCCCCAGCCCCGCGCACGAUAUAAGAAACGUGUUUCUCUAAACAUGGGUGAAACAGAGCAGAGACCAACAGCAGGAUCCCGGUUAGGAGCUCAGGAAAAUGCUGGGAUCAGUACUUUGGAACAUGGACAGAAACCUCCUAUGACACCACCAGGAAAACUCGUCUCCAUCAAAAUUCAGAUGCUGGAUGACACGCAAGAAACUUUUGAUGUUCCGGAUACUGUGGGGGAAGAGAGAAAAACAGAACUCGCAUCCGCAGCCUCCAUGCAAAGAGCUCCAGGGAAAGUUCUGCAUGAUGCUGUUUGCAACCAUCUGAACCUUGUUGAAGGCGACUAUUUUGGCCUUGAGUUUCCAGAUCAUAAAAAGAUGAUGGUGUGGCUUGAUCUUUUGAAGCCUGUUAUGAAACAGAUUAGAAGACCAAAGCAUGUUGUUGUAAAAUUUGUGGUAAAAUUCUUCCCACCUGACCAUGCUCAGCUGCAGGAGGAACUGACAAGGUACCUAUUUGCAUUGCAAGUGAAGCAGGACCUGGCACAGGGAAGGCUAACAUGUAAUGAUACCAGCACUGCCCUCUUAGUGUCACACAUAGUACAGUCUGAGAUUGGGGAUUUUGAUGAAACCAUAGAUCGUGAACACUUAGCGAAGAACAAGUAUAUACCUCAGCAAGAAGCACUAGAAGACAAAAUCAUGGAAUUUCACCGUAGUCACAUGGGACAGACACCAGCAGAGUCUGACUUCCAACUUUUGGAGAUUGCCCGUCGGCUGGAGAUGUAUGGAAUACGCUUGCAUCCAGCCAAGGACAGGGAAGGGACAAAAAUCAACCUGGCUGUUGCCAACACAGGCAUUCUGGUGUUUCAGGGUCAUACCAAGAUCAAUGCCUUCAACUGGGCUAAGGUUCGAAAGCUGAGCUUCAAGAGGAAACGUUUUCUUAUCAAACUACGGCCUGAUGUGAAUAGUUCAUUCCAGGAUACCCUGGAAUUCCUUAUGGCCAGUCGAGAUUUCUGCAAGUCUUUCUGGAAGAUCUGUGUGGAGCAUCAUGCCUUUUUCAGACUUUUUGAGGAACCUAAACCAAAGCCUAAACCCGUUCUUUUUUCUAGAGGUUCAUCAUUUAGGUUCAGUGGUCGGACACAGAAGCAAGUUCUUGACUAUGUUAAAGAAGGAGGGCACAAAAAAGUGCAGUUUGAGAGGAAACACAGCAAGAUUCAUUCCAUCAGGAGUCUGACUGCACAGCCUUCAGAACAGCAUCCAGAGGUGCCAAAACAAAGCUCUAGCUUUGCCUAUGGAGACGACAAUGAUGCUGCAGCAGUGCAGAGCUGCCGGCAAGGGAAGGAAUUGAAAGCUUCAGCAGAAGACACUGGACAGCACAAGAGCCCUUCCUUGAAGAAGAGCCCAAAAGAAAGCAAAAAGGUGGAUGGAGCAGUGGUGUCAACAGUGGAGGAAGAAGAGGAGGCUUCUAAGGACAGGAUGCAGCAGAACAGACAGUCACAGCAACCAAGCACAGGUUCUCUGACUGGCAGCCCUCACCUUUCAGAGCUUUCCAUCAAUUCCCAAGGGGGACCAUCAGUUGCAAAUAUGUCUUUAUCUCCAAACUUGAGCCCUGAUGCCAAGCAGUCAUCUCCCUUGAUCAGCCCUUUGCUGACUGACCCAACAUGCAUCAGGACUGAUGAUGAGGAAGAGGUCAAAAGAAAGAGAUUCCCAACUGAGAAAGCUUACUUCAUUGCUAAAGAAGUAGCGACCACAGAACGAACAUACCUGAAGGACCUUGAAGUCAUCACAUCGUGGUUUCAGAGUGCAGUGAGUAAAGAGGAUUGCAUGCCCGAAUCACUGAGAAAUCUCAUUUUCUCCAACUUCGAACCUUUGCACAAAUUUCACACUGGUUUUCUCAAGGAAAUUGAGCAGAGACUUGCUCUGUGGGAAGGCCGCUCUAAUGCUCACAUUAAAGGAGAUUACCAAAGAAUCGGAGAUGUUAUGCUAAAGAACAUUCAGAGUAUGAAGCAACUGACAAUUCACCUGUGGAAGCACAACGAGAUUUUAAUUGAGUUGGAGGAUGGGAUCAAGAACUCUCGCAAGCUGGAGACCUUUUGCAGGGAUUUUGAGCUACAGAAAGUCUGCUACUUGCCUCUGAAUACCUUCCUUCUCAGACCUUUACACAGGCUUAUGCACUACAAGCAGAUAAUGGAGAGGCUUUGCAAACACUACCCACCAAGCCACAUAGACUUCAGGGAUUCAAGAGCUGCUUUGGCUGAGAUUUCUGAAAUGGUGGCUCAGCUCCAUGGCAAUAUGAUAAAGAUGGAGAACUUCCAGAAGCUGCAUGAACUCAAGAAGGACUUGAUAGGCAUAGACAAUCUGGUGAUCCCAGGGAGGGAGUUCAUUAGACUGGGCAGUCUUAGUAAGUUGUCUGGAAAAGGUUUACAGCAACGGAUGUUCUUCCUGUUUAACGAUAUUUUGUUGUACACAAGUAGAGGCCUGACAGCAUCAAAUCAGUUUAAAGUCCACGGCCAUCUUCCGCUGUAUGGCAUGACAAUAGAAGAAAGUGAAGAGGAAUGGGGGGUUCCUUAUUGUCUAACACUACGAGGUCAACACCAGUCCAUCGUUGUCGCUGCAAGUACCCGCGCUGAAAUGGACAAAUGGACGGAGGACAUCCAGAUGGCGAUAGACCUGGCAGAGAAAAGCAGCGGCCCUGCCCCAGAGUUACUGGCCAGCAGCCCACCUGACAAUAAGUCUCCUGAUGAAACUACUGUAGACCAGGAAUCUGAGGACGACCUCAGUGCAUCCCGCACCUCACUCGAACGUCAGUCACCACACCGUGGCAACACUACGGUGCACGUCUGCUGGCACAGAAAUACCAGUGUUUCAAUGAUCGACUUUAGUAUUGCUGUGGAGAACCAGCUGUCUGGAAAUCUCCUAAGAAAAUUCAAAAACAGCAACGGGUGGCAGAAGCUUUGGGUGGUGUUCACCAACUUCUGCAUGUUCUUCUAUAAAUCGCACCAGGACAAUCAUCCUUUAGCCAGCCUUCCCUUACUGGGAUAUUCACUUACCAUUCCUUCCGAAUCUGAAAACAUUCACAAAGAUUAUGUGUUCAAGCUACACUUCAAAUCCCACGUGUACUACUUCAGGGCUGAAAGUGAAUACACAUUUGAAAGAUGGAUGGAAGUGAUCCGAAGUGCCACCAGCUCUGCCUCACGCACUCGAGCGCUGAGUCACAAAGAGCCUCACACCUAUUGACGGCUGAACGAGCCGCCAUGUUGAUUGUCCAGCAGCUGCUGAUUUUCUAGAGGACAUUUGAAACUCUUUUCUCCUUCCAAGUUUAGUAAAACUUACAAUUUGGUAAAAGAAAAGGAAAACGAAAGUAUGGUUUUGCAGAAACUUUCAAAAUUCCUCAGCAAAACUGUUUAAGUUUUCCACAUGUUCAGACUAGCUUACCAUCAUCCCAGUGGCUGCCGUUCGUUUCAUGUCUUGUAUUUUGUCAUUCUGUGCUGUUUUUAGCUUGUGCCAGUAUUAAAAUAUUGUCCCUAUUAGAGUGCCAAAAGACAUUUUGCUGCCUCAAAGAUUGCACCUAAAAAAACAAACAAAACGGCUUCACGAUCUGAAAACUUUCUCCUCUGAGGCAAACACUAUUUCUUCUCUUUUCAUAAAAAUAUAUAUUUUUUUUUUACCAUGUUAAUCUGUAGACUGCUGGAUUUUUAAAUGUAGAUGGACUUUGACAGUAUAGAACAUAAUUAUAUAUACAGCAAGCAGUCUACCAGGAAUGAGAUAACUUUCAGAUUUCAGUUUUUUUCCCCAGUCUUUCUACAUUUAAUCAGCAAGGGAUUACUAAUUUUCUAUCUUUAACAAGGAAACCGUUUACAGCUCGCUCUCAUUUCCCUUCGGGGUUACAAAUCCAUGUGUUAUAAAUAAAGCGUAGGAUUCUUCUCUAACCAUUUUCUUGGUGCAAGUUGACCAAAUUGUUCAUCUGUUGGCUCUGAAAAGUGAAUACUACUUGCAAGAUGAAAAAUUUUUAAAAUAAUCCAGUGCAAUAUUAUUUGGGCUGUUAAUGUACUGUGAAUGGUAUGUACAAGAAGAAAUUAAAGGCUGUGGUGACA